AGUGCCUCUUUCCCUUUUUGCUUCCUUCCCUCCGCAAAAUCAACACAACGCACCUUCCUUCGCAGCUCUGCACUAGAACUAUUGAUUCCUCGUCUUGCUCUUCUUCCUCUUCUUGUUUCUUCAACAUCAUCAAACAUUCGCAUCAUUCAUCAAACAUCCAUCAACAACUAUCAUAUCCACUUGCGUUCUUGCUUCGUCGAUUCAUUAUUCGAGCACGGGGACCCUUUAGAAGUACUUGCUUCGAUCAGCGUCACCAUGAAGUACUCCUUGCUUCUUGGUACCUUCGCCAUAAGUGGGCUUACGGCUGCGGAGAACCUGGAGGCGAGAAUUGACUGUAACAAAGACAGUUGUUUCCACGCAGCACUUGAUGACUCCAAAGGGCGAUUAAGCUGCCAGAGUUUCAUGGCAAAGACAGUGGCAUCAGCAAUAGUGAUAGCUACAGUCACUUCAACAUACACCCAUUUCAACAACAACAAGCUCAACCCCACCACCACUGUCGCCUCUGUCAAGUCUAUCACUUCAGAUAAAUCUGGCCAUUAUACCGUUACUCCGACAAUCGUUCCCGAGUCCAUCAGCUUAGCGUGUGGCUCGGGAAUAGAUAGCGAGAAGAAGAUCCAGGACAAAUACAGCUCAGCUUGUAGUUGCUAUUACAGACCAAAGACAUUGAGUGUAGCAACAGCAACAGUAACGUCUGUUGAAUUCCUACCCACCACGGUAUCAGACUUCAGGCUGAUGGUUUUGUUUGACAACGGGACGACCAGUUACGCCGUCGACAACAGCACUUCGGAUUCUUGGUCGACUAUCACAUAUAUUGGCCUUGAACAGAAUACUAAGAAUCCUGCCUUGUUCGCUCUGGCUCCAGACUCUCGUUUGAGACUCGAAUCGCAGGGCAAAGUGUCAAUGGUUCAAGAAACUUAUCACAAUUUUGAAGUUAUCACUUUGUAUCCCUUUCCUUUGGCUUUCGUAAAUGAUUCGACAACCUCUCAUUUUAAACCGAUGGGUUUCCACAUUACGGACACGCACAACAGUGGCAAUGCUUCCAUUUUCACUGUGGGUGUAUCGCCAGUCACGGAUGAUGAGUAUGACUUUCGAGGUGACCCAGCUUCGACUCACAAUAUGACCGUUAUCAUGGCUUGUGACAAAGACUUCCAUGGCCUUUGCAUUGGCACGCCGGCAUUUCAAAACGAGUUUUUCGAUGCCGGCAAUAAAACUAGCAAGGAUGGCAAAUAUCACUUGGUCCAGCUGCAAGCAGUGCCAAUGUUUUGA